AUGGCCCUGUCCGUCUCCCUGGGCAACCAGACGCCCUUCCCGAUCAAGCAGGUACCGCUGGGCUGGAAGGUGGUUGACAUGUGCUGUGAGGGCACCAACAUUUCUGGCAGUUCUGCAGAAACAUGGCUGCCCAGCAAGUUGAACCCUUAUAUGGGUGUGGUCCUGGGUGGUGAGGGCGAGAGCGGGCCCACGGCACAGAGAGAAACCAGUGAGGAUAUGGGUGAAGAAGUGGAGGGGGCCGCUGCUCUUGGGGUGCGCCACAAAACGGACACCUCAAGCUGA